GUGUUUUUGUCUUCAAAUAAAGCACAGUAGUCCUGCUCAGUGUUCACAAUGUUUUUACUCCAUCAAACUAUUGAAUCACUCCAGUUUUGCUCUAAAUGUGAGAGGAGAAAACACAAGCGCGAGCGGCUCUCGGAGACACACCAGCACUGAGUCGAGCGGGUUGAGUCUAUAUGGUUCUCAUGUGUGUUUCAAGAGCGCAGCGCCGCUCAGCAGCUGUUCAUUACUGAACUCAGACAGUGUUUGUGUGUGAGGUUACAGAUCCGAUCAGAGAGAUGGCAGAAACCGCUCCAGCUGUCAAAGCGCCCAAGAAGAAACCUGCAGCUAAACCCAAGAAAACGGGCCCAAGCGUCGGUGAUCUCAUCGUCAAAGCUGUGUCCGCAUCCAAGGAGAGGAGCGGCGUGUCUCUCGCCGCCCUGAAGAAAGCUCUCGCCGCCGGUGGAUACGAUGUGGAGAAGAAGAACUCCCGCGUCAAACUCGCCAUCAAGAGUCUGGUGACUAAAGGGACUCUGAUCCAGACCAAAGGAACCGGCGCCUCCGGCUCAUUCAAGAUCAACAAGAAUCAAGCCGAGAGCAAGAAGAAACCCGUCAAGAAAGCCGCUCCUAAAGUCAAGAAACCCGCUGCUGCCAAGAAGCCCAAGAGUGCCGCGACAAAGAAACCCGCCGCUAAGAAAUCCCCCAAGAAGGUGAAGAAACCCGCAGCCGCUAAGAAAGCACCGAAGAGCCCCAAGAAGGCAAAGAAGUCAGCAGCCCCCAAGAAAACAGCCAAGAGUCCCAAAAAGACCAAAGCUGCCAAACCCAAAACGGCAAAGCCUAAAGCAGCCAAACCUAAAAAGGCAGCACCCAAAAAGAAGUAAACAGACUCAUUACAGAGUUUCUGCCCCAAAACGGCUCUUUUAAGAGCCACACACUGAUUCAUAUAAAAGAGCAAAUCUUUGUUUUUCAUCAAUAUUAUCCUGCAUUGUUGUCCUGAGGAUAGUCCAUCACUUCUCUGUUUAUAUUUAUAUUAUACUAAAAACAGAAGUUUAAAAUUAAGUGUGA